AUGGCGCCCAAGCUGCGGCUCCUCGCCCCGCGGCCCACGCAGCUGUCCCAGUGGGAACGCAGCUUGGAGCUUGGAGCUGGCUUGGACGUCCUGCGGCGCUCGCAGCUCUUCUGCGAUGUGCAACUGCAGAGCUCGGAUGGCCACUUGGUGCUGUGCCACCAAGUGGUGCUGGCCUCCUGUAGCGAGAAGCUGAAGAAACUCAUGGAACAGGCCAAGGUGCCUGAAAACGGAACCCAGCAUGCUUCCAGUGACAAGAUUCGGGAAGCUGUGACUGGGGCGACGCUACCUGCGCUAUCUGCGGUCUUAGAUUUCAUUUACGCAGGCCAAGCGCAGCUGUGCCAUGCGCAGGUGCCGGAGCUGGCGCGCCUGGCGCGGCGCUGGGAGCUGCUCUCGCUCCAGGAGGCGCUGGCCACGGUGGUCGCCUCGGAGGAGGGCGGCCUGACGCCGGAGGUGGUCGCCGGGCUCUUCGCCUUGGGUGAACCCUUUGGGGAGCAGCUGGGGGCAGCAGCCAGAAGUUAUGUGCUGGGCAACUUCGCCAGCUGUGCCAUGACCGAGCCUUUUGCCCGAUGGCCGCAGAAGGUUUUGGAGCAUCUGCUGAAGAGUGACCAACUGAAUGUCUCCAGUGAGGAGGAAGCACUGCUGUGGGUCACCAAAUGGCGAGCUGCCAAGGCUGGUCGCGAGGAGACCUCCGUGGCGAUUUUGACGGCGAUCCGGUGGCCCUUGAUGUCGCUCCAUAGCUUGGAAACCUUGUCGGACAUGAAGCCUGCAACGCCCAGCAGCUUCGCAGAUACGGUGGCGACCCGCUGCAAGGCCGCCAAAGUGGCGCAUCAGGGGCUGGAGACCCUGCCCAAUGUACGGCAGUCCUUUAACGGUUGGUGGGCAGGUCUGGGCUGUGCCGCCAAGGGAGGAGUGAUCAUGGCUGGUCAGGGCUGUCCAGGAUCCAAGGAAGCGAUCAAGGUCAAGGCCGUGAGGCCCCACGAAGGCACCCUGCUUCUGUUGGAUGCCUCAGAGGAGCCGGGCCGAGUCCUGCAGUGGUUCCUGCGGAUGCACAGCGGACGCAGCGUGGCGGGCAAAGGCAGCGAGCUGGACAUGACCUUUGAGGACAUGGCGGACAUUUGGAGCGGCCCCGACGACGCCUUCUACAUCUUGGACCGCGACGCGGAGCGCGUGGUGCAGGUCCGGCAGGGCGAAGCGGAGCUGGUGAACCAGGGGACCAUCCGCCUGGAGCGGCCCUGCAGCGUGGCGGUGGAGGGCCCGGACCGGGCCAUCUACGUCCUGGACCGCGAAGGCAGUCGCGUGGUGCGCUACGUCCGCGGCCGCGCGGUGCAGGUGGCCGGGGGCACCGAGGCCGGAAGCGGUGCGGCGCAGCUGAACGCGGGGCCGACGGGGCGGAUCUACGCCGCCAAAGGUGGCAGACUCUACAUCUCGGACACCGGAAAUCAUCGGGUGCAGAGAUGGGACCCUGGAGCCAAGGUGGGCAUCACCGUGGCAGGUGGCCACGGCUGCGGAAGCGGUGCAGAUCAGCUGAGCCAUCCAGGUGGCAUUUGGGCUUUGGACAACGGCACCGUGUACGUGGCAGACGUGGGAAACCAUCGUGUGAUGAAAUGGCGCGAUGGUGCCAAAGCAGGUGUUUUGGCCGCGGGUGGCUAUGGCCCCGGUGACGCCUUACAUCAGCUGAAAGAGCCCGUGGAUGUCAUGGUGGACGCCACGGGCGCGCUGAUCGUGGCAGACCUGGGCAAUGCCCGGCUGGUGCGCUGGGCAGCGCCACAGGUGCCCACAGAGCUGCUGCAAGCGCUGAGGGGAUAA